GAGCGAAAUUUGUUGAACAGUACAUUCCAACAUACUGGUGUCGGCCUUACUAUCACUGCCCUCCUUGCAAAGGGUAUGUUCAAAAAUGGAUUGACUGCUCGAAUGAUGAGUAUGAACCCCUUAAUGGUCGUUGGGCUUGGUCUUGCGGGUUCAAUCGGAACUAUGUUUUGUACUCUACGCACAUCACCUGAUAACACAUUACAAAAAUAUGGAUUCUGGCUCGCGUUCACUGGUUGUCAAGCAGCUACCCUCUCCCCACUUUACUUUUAUUCGCCUGUUCUUCUCUCCAAAGCUGCACUUUAUACGAUUGGUAUCAUUGGUUCUUUGUCAUACGUUGGUGCUACGGCCAAGACGAAUCAAUAUCUCUAUCUAGGUGGACCAUUGCUGGCCGGUGUCUCAGUUGUCGCCUUGAGUAGUUUAGCACCACUCGUUCUUCCCGUCACAGCCGCUCGUACAUUAAUGACCACUGAGGCCAUCUCUCUAUACGGAGGUCUCGCAGUCUUUUCUGGAUUUGUCCUAUAUGACACUCAAAAGAUUUUGCAUCAUGCCAAGCUAGUGGAGCAUGGACAGAUGAAGGCGGAUCCGGUCAAUGAGUCUGUAGGACUGAUUAUGGACUCCAUCAACAUCUUCAUCCGACUGGUACAAAUCCUCGGAAUGCAAUCUAAUCGCAAAUGA